GUUGUACAGUACCAUACAGAGCUUUUAUUUCAUUUUUUUAUAAAAUAUUUUAACCAAUGAUUUCCAAGAAAGAUCAAAAUUGGCGUGAUUUACGGAUACAACUCUAGCCGUCGGAUUGUCGAUGUAUGCCUCUAUAUAAUAUUACAUGUACAAGUCCACUGUUACGCACACUUGCAGUGUAUAGCUAGCUAGUAUUUCCACAAACUCGGAGAUUCUAUCUCUGCGUUGUCUGCUCUCUCUGACAAAAGUGUUUCAGAAACAGAGACUUCAGCAAACAAUAUGGUACAAUCGAAGAAGUUCAGAGGUGUCCGGCAACGUUCUUGGGGCUCUUGGGUUGCUGAGAUUCGCCACCCUUUACUGAAGCGGAGGGUAUGGUUGGGGACUUUUGAGACCCCGGAGGAGGCUGCCCGGGCCUAUGACGAGGCAGCUGUCCUCUUGAGUGGACGGAACGCGAAGACUAAUUUCCCGGUGGCCCCAUGUUCAGGCUCCCGGUCCCUCGGGGAAUCCUCCUCAGGCUUGACCACCCCACUGGCAACAAGCCCUUUGAGUGCCAUUCUGAGCGCGAAGCUCCGGAAGAGCUGCAAGAUCGCAUCCCCUUCCCUCACGUGCCUGAGGCUAGACACUGAGAGCUCCCACAUAGGGGUGUGGCAGAAGCGGGCUGGGGCUAGCCAAGGCUCAUCUGACUCAAACUGGAUAAUGACUGUUGAGCUUGGGAAUGGUGAUAAGAAUGGGACCGACGACACAUCAACCACUGGUCCAGGUUCAGGUCCAGAAGCUCAGGAAAUGUGGGAUCAUAGAGAAACAUCCGGUGAUGAUGAUGAUGAUGGCGAUGUCGGGCUGAAGGAAGAGGAGAGAAUUGCACUUCAGAUGAUUGAGGAACUCCUGAACCGUAAUUAACUGUGUAUUGUCGGGUUUUGUUAAAUGCUGAUCGAUACAUACCAAAUCGGCACAAAGUCAUUCGCGAAUUAAAUGAACUACUCGAUGGAUGUAAAUUGGGUUGCGGUAAGUUUCUUCUUUAUGGUGUGCUGGGGGUUGAUCAAGUCCCUGUCAAAGUUCCUUCCACGUCUAGUUUCUCGGACUUCCCACGGAGGUUUUAGUGACGUUAGUGUGAGCCCUAGCAUUCGUAAUUUUCUCCAUGCAUGGUGAUGAUCAUCGGGUGUAUAUAUAGAUAUAUACACACGAAAUAUAUAUAGUUCUACGUACAGAAAUAGUUUGUGUCAUGCAAAUUAGACGAAUCAUCAAGAAUGUAUACCAUGUAUUACUAUUACUCCCCAUUUGAAGAAUGUGUUCUUUUCA